UGAUGCGUUCUUCUCGAAUACCCAUUUUAAGGCCUAGGUUACUCUUCAUGUCAAAUUUUAAUUUUAUUCCUCUGCUUGCUGGCUUCUUAUCACAAGUAUGAAUUCUUACUUCAAAUCAAUCACUAUAUUUGUGGAUAUAAAAGCAUUUCAAAUUUUAAUUUUAUUAUGGGCGACUAUACUUUAGGGGUGUUUGGUUCAAGUUAUGCAUCAUAAACCAAAGGAAUGUGACAUUUUAAAGGUUAUAUUUCUAUGUUUAGUUAAUGUUAUCUUAUUUUUUUAAGGGAAUACGACAUUCACCUGGUUUACAUGAUCAAUGGUGCUGGCAUGAUAACAUAUGGGGUAUGUAAACUGUUAAGGCUGGCUAUAAGCUUGCUACUGGUGUCAUGUCGGGGGAGGGGUUGGUAUUUCGUGCAUGGUCAUCUCUCUGGAAGCUUUGUAUCCCUCCAAAGUAUGUCAAUUUUCUUUGGAGAUGUGCUAGAGCUAUUCUCCCUGUUCGCACUACUCUUGCUAGUCGUGGUCAUACAAAGAUUUUAUGGGAGAACCAGUUUGCUAUUCAAGCUUUUGAUGAUAUUGUUUGUUUUGAGGAUUUCUUGUCUCAUCUCAUGGUGUCAGCAAAUCCAGAUUUAAUGCACAAGGUGGUGGCGUUGUGCUGGUCUAUUUGGACUUGUGGUAUGGAACCAGAAAAGCUUGGGACUUUAGGAAUGUUUUACAUAUGACUUCUUCUUUAUUUCUUUCCUGGAGUGAGUUUAUUAUGCAUGAGACCCAAGGCCCUGUUAAUUCUUUGCAGGCUGUCAGUGGUGAUAAUGAUCUUGGGGACUUAAUUCACAUUCAUGUUGACGCAGCUGUUAAUCCCAGUGAGGAGGAUGAUUAUGUCGCUGCUGUUGUUCAUGAGGGAAUGGCGACUACUUGGCGGCUAGAAGUUCAAAAGUCAGGUAUUUACACGACCCCCAUCUUGCCGAAGCUAUAGCGGUAAAGGAAGCUCUUUCCUGGGCUAAGGAUUGCGAUUGGCGGAAGAUCAUUAUUUUUUUGGAUUGUCAAGUGGUUUGCUCAUUAUUGAAGUCGGGUUCCCCAAAUUUAUCUUAUGCUGGCUGUGUUCUUCAAGAAUGUCUCAAUCUUAAACGACAUUUUGAUUCUGUGUCGUUCAGUUUUAUUUCUAGAUCAGCAAAUAAGUUGGCUCACGCUUUAGCUAGAGAUACUAAUUCUCAGUUUGGUCCUCGUUUAUGGUUUCCUGAUUGUAUUGGACAUUUGAUUAAUGAUUAAUUCGUCUUGGUUUGUUUUUCAAAAAAAGGGAAUACGACAUUCUCAAGGUUUUGAAGGAUCUUACCU